AUGUUAGAAAAUGAAUAAUAAAAUUAAGAAGACCCCAAAAUUAAUUUACUUAAUCUUGAUUUGGGGAUAGAAUUUAUAAAGCCAAUAAGACAUAAAUCCUCUUAUUAUGAGAAUGAUUUUUUUGUGGAACCUUGGGAUGAAAAUCAGGACAAUUUUCUCCGAUUAUCCCCUAAAUUGAAAGAAGAAUAACAAUAAGAUAGAAAAACAAGAUUAAUAAAAAUUAAGCUUCCUUAAUCUCGAACUUAAAGUAGAUAACGUUCAAAUGAAACACAAUAAACAGUUCAAAAAACUCUUCCAUACCAUGAUAGAGCUGGAAGUUGUCAUACAUAAUUUUAAGACUUAGGAUUUAGUAAUGAGACAGCAGCUUACAAAAGAAUAGUUGAUAAGAUGAAGAACAUAUAAAUAAAUAAAAAUCAAAUAAUUUAGAAUAAUAAAAAUAAUUAUAAGCAAAUUAGUUUAAAGGUUUCAGGAAACAAAAAGAAAAUAAAACAAAUUGUUUAAGUUAAGUAAAAAGAACCAUUUUCAUGGUCAGAUUACUAUAAAUUUAUAUAAAAAAAUCAUAAUCAAUUGAAAAGUAAUAAACUGUAAAAUCCUUAAAUUACUGGAUAUACUAUUCAGAUAAAUAAGUCUCUAUAAUAAAAAGUAGAUAAAGAAUCAAUUUUAAGAAACUUUCGUUUGAAAUCAAACUACACUAAAACUAUUGCAUGA